AUGCAUUCACUCAUCUCCCUUUUCCUUAUCACUGCCACGUCUGUUGCAGCCUUCGUGCAUCCGGGCGCACUUCACACCACCAAGGACUUCCAGCGCAUUACCAAACACGUUACUGAUGGCAAUGAACCUUGGAACACCACUUGGACUUUGCUCACUUCGAGCUCCUACGCUCAGUCCUCUUAUAAACCCAAUCCACAGAAAGUUGUGUACCGGGGAUACAACGGAGUGAACUCUGAGAACUACCAGUAUCUGUACCGCGAUGCUGCGGCUGCCUACCAACUUGCCAUACGCUGGAAAAUUACCAAUGACAAGAGUUAUGCCGAUACUGCUAUCAAUAUCCUUGAUAGCUGGGCAGUAACAAUCACUGAAAUUAGCGGUACCAGUGAUAAAUUCCUAGCCUCUGGCUUGUACGGGUAUCAAUUGGCCAACGCGGCGGAGCUGUUGAGCAAUUACUCUGGCUGGUCCCACACGAACAAGACUGCCACUGCGAACAUGCUAAAUGACAUAUUUGCGACCAUGAACAGCCUCUUCCUUGCGAAUCACAACGGCCAGAACUACUAUCAUUAUUACGCUAAUUGGGAUUUGUGCAACCUUGCCUCCCUCAUCGCCAUUGGUAUUUUCACCGACAACAAGACCAUGUUCGACGAUGCGGUCAACUACGUGAAGGCUGGACCUUCGAAUGGAGCUCUCCCUGUCUUUUCUAUUGCCAACUUUACGGAGCCAGGCUCCGGGAAGAUCCUCAUGCAGGGUCAGGAGGCUGGUCGCGACCAGGGUCAUUCGACGCUGGACUUCACGCUGUUGGGUGUGGUGGCACAACAAGCGUAUAACCAAGGAGUUGACCUGUUUGCGACUUAUAAAAACGAGGUUCUGAAUGGUGCUGAAUACGUCGGCAAGUACAACGUCGGUUACGAUGUGCCCUACACCCCAUAUGAAAGCUAUCAGGGCAACCAAACCGUUAUUUCCAAUAACUCGCGUGGCACAAUCCGGCCCGGUUUCGAGUUGCUAUCAGCUCAUUAUGGUCAACUGAAGGGGCUCAAUUCUUCUUGGACUGACGCCUAUCGAGACUGGGUCAACACCAACUCAACUAGCGGCGUUGAGGGCGGCGGUGGAAACUAUGGCCCUAACUCGGGUGGAUUUGAUGGCCUUGGUUUUGGUACUCUACUCUACCGUCUUUCUUGA